AUGUGUAAGACCAGCGUCGACACGGCACUGCAUUCAUCCACUGACCUCCUCACAGCCCAGUUCGCACGCCGACCAUCAGCGGACAACGCGCCGAUCCCAAACUUCCCACGCGGACCACCUCGCAAGCCAAAGCAAUCCGGACAUGCUCUUUGGGUUGGUAACCUUCCACCGGCAGCAAAAGUUACUGAUCUCAAAGAUCACUUCUCCCGCGACGCGACGAGCGACAUCGAGAGUGUUUUCCUCAUCGCCAAAUCGAACUGCGCUUUCGUCAACUACCGCACCGAAGCAGCGUGUGUCGCCGCCAUGACGCGAUUCCACGAUUCCCGCUUCCAUGGCGUACGUCUCGUCUGCCGUCUUCGACGUGGCGCCGCAGCAUCGUCUACAACACCCGCAAACGAUCCGCUCUCUCCUUCAACGUCAGGCACGUUAUCUGUCACUCCCGAGGCAGGUCCAACGCCUGAAGCAACGACUCCCGAUCCUACUCCUUCCGAAGAUCUCCUCAGCCCAACGAUCGCCCGUUCACGAUCCAGCAAUACUUCUGACACCAAAGUUCCCGAAAAGUACUUCAUCGUCAAGUCGCUAACCGCUCAGGACCUUGAAGCGUCCGUACGGAACGGCAUCUGGGCAACCCAAUCGCAUAACGAAGAGAUCCUCAAUCGGGCAUACGAGCAAGCAGAUAAUGUUUACCUCAUAUUUUCAGCCAACAAGUCCGGCGAAUACUUUGGCUACGCGCGCAUGGCGAGUCAGAUCAGCGGCGAGGCGGUGCGCAUGAACGAGGCGCCUUCUUCGGCCGAACGAGAAGGAUCAGCUGCCACAGCCUCAGCAGAUCCGAGCGUGUCGCCACAAUCCAUUCCUACACCUGCCACAGCCACCGCACCCAAAGGACGCAUCAUAGACGACUCUGCACGCGGAACGAUCUUCUGGGAAGCAGAGCACAGCGAAGAGGGCGAUGAGACACAGCGGGACAACGAGUCGCCAACCGGAGCAGGAGCAACAGCCGGACAGAACUGGGGCCGACAAUUUCAAAUCGAGUGGAUGUCCACGAACCGACUACCUUUCUACCGCACGAGAGGGUUGAGGAACCCAUGGAACGCGAGUCGCGAGGUGAAGAUCGCGAGGGAUGGCACGGAGUUGGAGCCGGGCGUUGGGAGAAAGUUGGUUGGAAUGUUUGCGAGAGGUGGAGGAGGCCAAGCUCAGGGACCGGCGCAGACCGGACAGCAGGUGCCGCAGAUGCCUCAGGGAACUAUGAUGGGUAUGCCUCAGAUCGUUGGAAUGCCUCAGGCAGGGAUGGGAGGAUAUCGAUGA